AUGCCCAUUCACGGCAGAGUCCACAAUCCUGGUGGAACAAGCCAUAAGGACGAAUGCGGAAACGACCCGACUUUGGGCUGCAAACAUAACUUUAAGUCAGUGGUUGGCAAGAGCCUUGCUGAAUCCCUCGGCCAUGUUAUGCAAGCACUUGAAAAAGUGCAACAGAUAUUGGACAGUGCAGGAUUGUCCCCUAUCUCAGUCACAAGCUCAGUUGUGUCAUCGCCGUCAUCACACCAAAAUACACCAGACGUGGAUUCAACCCUCGACACCAUCUCCACUCCCCCAUAUCCAAGAUAUCAGUCUCCCGCUCCAUAUUAUUUUACCACCAAGGAAAUUUCACGGAGAGCCAACUAUGUGAAUCAAGCCACCAAAGUCAGCGCAAUUGUUGAUCACCCUGUUCAUGCUAUCCUCGAGUAUCCCAUAACAGCACCUGGCAGCAUUGCACACCGUUUUGUUGUUGAUCCCAUAUCCUUCGUGCAGCCUCAAUCAGCAUUCCAAUAUUCUCUUGGUGGAGGUCAUGGUGGGCGUGAAAAUGCAGUGUGCCUGCUUCUCCGAGAUGAUGCAGGCAAAGGUGUUCGUUGUCGCCAGCUUAAGUCAUCGUGCAAUGGCCUCAAGGCUGGAUACAGUGAUGAUUCUGCAGAGGCAGAGGUUUUCAACAAGACUCUAGCAUUUUUUUGUGCUGUCUCUGGACGGGGAUGUGGCUUCGAUGCAAACUUGGAUUUAAGUCCUGAGAUAGUACUAGACAGCUUUGAUCUUCACUCCGAGUCAGAGUCCAGGGGGUGUGGGGCUCCCCUCAUGUUAUCUGUGAAUAAUCUUGGCCGUCCAUAUAUUCAAGAACGACCUGAAGGCAAUAUCGCUUCUUGGACCUACACCAAGUGGCACCCCAGCAAGGACCCCGAAAAAACCGGACCUCAACAUCGCGCUCAACAGCGCGACCGCCGCCUCUAGGCGUCAACACUCAACCUUUCUCUUUCUUUUUCUCAGAAUUAUAGUAUAUCUAACAUUCUCAACAUCUAAUAGUACACAAUCUAAACUACCAAGAGUCGAACAAUGGCGCUAGGCGGCACCCAAAGUCCUAGUGCAGUCGUUCCCACGGUAGGACCGUCAACCAGAAACAGCCGCAAAACCACAGCCAGCAAACCCCUGUUGUCAACAAGCAAGAGCAUCGAAGACCACGCAACAGGAAUGGGAAUCCGCACCGACAUCAAUAGCUCCAUCACGGCUAGGAAACUUCUCGCCACGCACGGUCUCUCACUCCCGGUAGCAGGCAAAGCCAUCAAGGAUAUAGC